AUGCCGGAGGCCGGAAAUGCCUCAGAUAUCGAUACCACGCCGAACGCGUACCAAGAUAAAGAUAACGCUGACCCAGAUGAGUCAUCGGUUAUCUACACAUCGACUAAGAUGGAAAAUGCAGAAACUGGUUAUUAUGAUAUGUUCCUCAGUGUCACUAGCAGCCUCUGUGAACACGUACAGCCGCUAUGCUUGACAGGACGAGAGCGGUUUUUCUCGCUUUCUUUAUUUCAGUUGGAGAAAAGAAGAGGAGCAUUCUCACAAAAUCAUUACAAGGGGAAAUGGCAGCUGUACCCUCCAGAGUGGAGACCCAAACAGGCAGCAGUUGGAGGUAAAUCCAAAUUGUUCUAUUCAGACGUGAUCAAGGGCCCCUUGUCCUCCGAUCUAUCUGCAUCUACGCCAGAAGUCUCGGUUCAUAUGCCCAUGGUGAGCGCCCCGCGCGCGGCGCACGCCGCCGCAAGUGCGAGCGUUGCUCGCGCGGUCGUCAUGACUGUUACAAUGCAAGUCCGCCCCUUUUCCAAAGACUUUUUGGUUACUAACGAGUAUCAUAAGCUCCCCAUGCCGCUCUCCCGGCUGCGGCGCGUUUGGUUGUGGCCCGGUACACAAUUCCGAAGGCGUUCUCGCCCUCUGGCUUUUUAUGCUGCCCGAAUCAACCGAAACGAAUACCACGAGUUUCAUUUCAUUUGUUCCCGGAGGAUGCCAGUUCGAAUCAGCACCAGAGAAGCCGUGGUCUUCUUUCUGUAUCUGGUUUCGCAAACAGACUAUUACUUUCCCGCAAGAGUUGGAGAGAGCCUGAAACUGGAUGUGGUAUAUACCCUCCCGCAAUUUGGGUGCUUGGACAUCCCUCUGUGGUCUCUCUUAAUGAGAGAGAUAUGCUCGCUGAUGCUGCUGCGAUACCACGAGGAGCUCUACGGUAUCGCGCAGAGCCAUACCCUCACCUUAUGUGGACGUUUCCUGGAUUAG